GCUUUUAUUUUGAAAGCAAUCAUGGCUGCCAGUUACGCAUAGGGUCGUCCAGUAAUGGUCUAUGAAAGUAAAUUAAUUUGCUCUACUCUUAUAGAAACGUCCAAGUGUUGUUUCGCACGAUUAUUGAAGAAAAUAUAAACACGAUAAAAUGUUUUCUCUGAAGGAGAAGGUUUGUAUAUUCGCGCAGAGACAAAAUAAACAGAAGACUUGAAGUGAAUGAUCCACAACCAGCAUGCUGCACAACAACAAUUAAGGCAGGAGAUGGAGACCAUGGAGCCUGCGAGUCUGGAAAACUUGUGUGUUUUGUACCACAGUGCAAACUAUAUAGUUGUCAACAAACACUGGGACAUCCGUAUUGACAGCAAAAUGUGGUAUGAGAAGCAGACGGUCCAAAGUCAGCUGAAGCAUCGCUUCCCAGAGCUUGCAGAUCCUGACACCUACUACGGAUUCAGGUUUUGCCAUCAGUUGGAUUUCUCUACCAGUGGUGCUUUGUGUGUAGCACUGAACAAGGCAGCAGCAGGACAUGCGUACCGCUGUUUUAAAGACAGACUUGUUACCAAAGCUUAUCUUGCACUGGUCCGUGGUGUUGUAGCUGAGGAGAAAAUGAGCCUAGACUUUGCGAUAGGCAAGAACAUAACAGAGGGCAAGACCCAUAUGAUGUGCACUGAAGGAACAGAAGGUUGUGAGAAUCCCAAACCCUGCCAAACAGAGCUCACUGUUUUAGAGUAUGGAGCAUAUGACGGAGAUCCAGUCACAAAAGUGCUUCUGCAGCCUCUGACAGGACGGACGCACCAGCUCCGAGUGCACUGCAGUGCCAUUGGUCACCCCAUAGUGGGCGACUAUACCUACAGUCUGCGCACAGACAAUGCUCCGUAUCGCAUGAUGCUGCACGCCUACUUCCUCCACAUUCCUCUAGAGAAUGAACCCAUCCAUGUCAUAGCCCCAGAUCCCUUUACACCCAGCCUCGACCUCAAAUGGGCACCACAAAGAUGUGUGAACAUUCUGGAGGAUUUACUGAAGAAUAUUUUAACAGAGCCACAAGCUGAGAUCCAAGAAGAACCCGAGCCAGUGCGCAGGAAGAGCAGCCCAGUGGAGAGUGAGGAGCAACGGGCACAGUGUCAGCAGUGGUUAUGUGAAUGGAACGUGGACUGAGGAACACUCGCGCUGUUUUACCAGUUAACUGCUCAAGCUACACUGCAGGCUGCUUAUAGGGUACCCUCUUCUUUAAAGGCCAGCCCUCCUCAAGAACAGUGUACAGGAAGAACUGAAGGCAUAAAGGGGCAUUAAACCAUUUGGCUGAUCUGUGUAUGAAGAUCGCUGUGAGUGAAAGUGCAUUAUGGAGACCCCCCACGCUUAUGUCAUCCUACACUAGCGUUCAAAAGUUUGGGGUCGGUAAGAUUUUUAAAAUGUUUUUUAACUUUUUUUUUUUUCGUCUCUUAUGUUCACCAAGGCUGAUCAGAAUUGCAGUAAAAACAGUAAUAUUGUGAAAUAUUAUUACAAUUUACAUUAACUGCGUUCUAUUUUCAUCUAUUUUAAAAUUGUAUUUAUUCCUGUGACAGCAAAGCUGUUUUUUUUUUUUUUUUCAGUCAUUAUGACACAACAGUCCUCAGUGUCACAUAAUCCUUCAGAAAUCUUUCUAAUAUGCUGAUUUGGUGCUCAAAACAAAUUUCUUAUUAUUAUCAAAGUUAAUAUUUUGUGGAAACCAUGAUACAUUUUGUUUAAGGAUACUUUGAUGAAAUGGAAGUACAAAAGAGCAGCAUAUAUUUGAAAUAAAACUUUUUGUAACAUUA